CAAGACGGCCUCAUAAAUUGCGCUUAAAAAGCAGCGGUGCGCUGCCUUCACAUUUUCUCUGCAAACAUUUUCAGUAGAAAAUAGAGAAAGAGGGUUAGGUUCCAGAGAGAGAGAGAGGGUGUUGAGAGGGUUGGGUUCCUUUAGGAUUGUGAAUAAUCGGAUGCGACGUUUUCAUGGCUGGGAGAGAAGUUAGAGAAUACACAAACUUGACAGACCCCAAGGAUAAGAAGUGGGGAAAGGGGAAGGACAAAACCGAUGAUGAGGACAUCGCCUUCCAGAGGAUGGUCGCAAAGAUGCAGGAGGUUGCUGGAGAACGUGGAGGUUACCUUCAUGGGAGAGGCGCUUUGGACAGUGAUGACCUACUCUAUCUCAAGGAGCAGAUGGAAGCCGAGGAAGAUGCAGAGCGCCUAUUGCGCCGAACAGAGAAACGUGCAUUUGCCGCAUUUAAGAAAGCAGCUAGCUUAGCAGAUUCUUCGCCUUCAUCUGUACCGUUACCAUUACGUGUUGAGCCUAAACCAAAAAGCGGGAUCAGGCAACAAGAUCUUUUGAAGAACAUAGUAGAGAUCCGGCCAAAACGCCACAGGAUCUCCAGCCCGUCAUCAGAUGCAUCUCCUGGAAAGCAAGCGAGUCUGAGUCAGGCCAGUCAGGUAUCCGGCAAUGGGAAAGCUGAUCAUCGUUCUGAUGAACAGGUUUCAACAAGCCCAGGGAAGGUGGUGGAUACAGGAAACAAACCAGAGGAAGCUGUUAGAAGCUUACUAGGCUUGGCCUACGAGAGCUCUGAUGAAGACUAAAAGGAUGGGUUUGGCCUCUGCAAACUAUGCACCGAGGAUGUAUUUUGAGCACCUCAACUUGAAAACUUCCCCGGAAAAAUUUAGCAUGUUGGUUAGUGAUGCAACAUGUUUCUCUCUCUCUCUCUCUCUCUCUCUCUCUCUCUCUCUCUUAACUGUGGUUCUCUCCUCUCUCUUAACUGUGGUCCCCAUGCACAAAAAAGUCAGUUACUCGGGAAAUUGUUCUGUUUCUUGAAGAAAUUCGCAUGUUGUCUGACAUGUCAUUUAAAACUAAAUCACACCAAUGGUGUCACAUUUAUUUA